AUAUGCUCCUAAGUCCUACCUCAGUUAAAGUUUCCACUCCAAAUCUUACGUCGGCGUGUCUCUUUUCACAAAGUUCACACCUUUUCUCUCCCCUAAAUAUUCUCCAUCUCUUUCUUUUCACUCCCUAAAAACUCCCCACUUCCUCCCUACAAACCACCACCAAACUCCUCCUAAAACCAAACAUGGCACUAAGCAACAACUUAACCGCAAUAGUAAACUUCAUAGCACUCCUAUGUUCAAUCCCAAUUAUAGCCUCGGGCCUAUGGCUUGCUUCCAAGCCCGACAAUGAAUGUGUCCACCUCUUCCGCUGGCCCGUUGUUGUGUUGGGCUUUAGCAUCUUAGUCAUCUCCUUAAUGGGCUUUGUCGGGGCUUACUGGUACAAAGAAGGCCUUUUAGCUCUUUACCUUUGUUGUAUGGCUAUUCUCAUCACUCUUUUACUUGUUCUUCUUAUCUUUGCUUUUGUCGUUACCCGGCCCGAUGGAUCAUACGGGGUUCCGGGCCGUGGGUCCAAGGAGUAUCGUAUUGAUGGGUUUUCUAACUGGUUAAGAAACCAUGUUACUAAUGAUGGUAAUUGGUUUAAGAUUAGGAAUUGUUUGAUUGACACCAAUUUCUGUGCUAAGCUCAAUACUCAAUUUGUUGCUGCUCCUGACUUCUUUCUUGCUCAUAUCUCACCUCUGCAGUCAGGAUGUUGUAAGCCUCCAGCAGCUUGUGGGUACCAGUAUGUAAACCCGACGAUGUGGAUUAACCCAACAAACCCGGCAGCUGAUCCGGAUUGUACGUUGUGGAGCUCCGACCAAAGCCAACUAUGCUACAAUUGUAACUCAUGCAAGGCUGGACUUCUUGGGAACCUAAGAAAUGAAUGGAGGAAAGCUAACAUCAUCCUCAUUGUAACCGUGAUUGUGCUCAUCUUUGUUUAUGUGAUUGCUUGCAGUGCAUUUAGGAAUGCACAGACUGAGGACCUCUUUCGCAAGUAUAAACAAGGUUGGGCUUAGCAAGUAUUCAAAAAUGGAAAUGGAUUAGCCUAAUUACUUCCAUCUUUAGUUUGUUUUUGUCAAUUGAAAAAAGUUGUUGCAAGUACUACUUUUAUUAGUAGUCAAUUUUGUAUAUAAAAAGCACAACUUGUAUGAUCUAGCUUAGAAGUACUCAAUUUGAUAGGAUAGAUUCCCAACACCAAGCUUUUCUAUUAUUUGAAAGGAUUAGAUUCUACUCAAUAUAGAUGCAAUUGUAAUUUUCCAAUUCCUAGUGAUCAAUAACUUUGUAGUUGAAAUCAUUCUAAGUUUGAUCAAUGAGAGAAGCUCAUAUUUGAUA